CACCGGACGCCUAUCCAUAUUUUUUGGAUUUAGCAGCAGGCAGCGGGACGAGGCCCUCCGUGUGGGGGGAGCCGAGGUCUGUCACUAGAUUUGUGUCCAUACACGUGAUUGGAUCCACAAGGGACUGACUAUAUAAAUAGCGUCAGUCAGAAGGUUUAUGAACCAUCAAUUCCAAGGGCGUUGUGUUUCCAGAAGAUGAUAAAGAAAUGAUAGCCGCUCCAGAAAUACAAGCUGACUUCAGCCUCCUCCAACCUCUGGAUCCUUCUCUCCAUGAUAUGGGUCCACUUUCUUGUAAUGCUGGGCCAAGGGAGUCGGAAAUGCAUUUGUCAUCGGAUACAGAUUUUGAUGAUACGGAAAUAAGAAUCUCAAAACAAGGCAAAGGAAAGAAAGGAAAGAGAGGCAACAUUGAGAAAGGCAAAGGUGGACCAUUAAGACCUGGUGGUCCUAACUGGAUGAAUGGACAUCAUCCGCAAAAUGGAGUAGAGAAUAUGAUGUUGUUUGAGGUGGUGAAAAUGGGAAAGAGUGCAAUGCAGUCUGUUGUAGAUGACUGGAUAGAAGCAUAUAAACACAACAAAGAUGUAGCUCUUCUUGACCUCAUAAACUUCUUUAUUCAGUGUUCAGGAUGUAAAGGUGUUAUCACUGGUGACAUGUUUCGCCAUAUGCAGAAUUCAGAAAUAAUUAGAAGAAUGACAGAAGAGUUUGACGAGGAUAGUGGCGAUUACCCACUAACAAUGGCUGGUCCCCAGUGGAAGAAAUUUAAGUUCAGCUUCUGUGAAUUCAUUGGAGUACUGGUCCGCCAAUGUCAGUACAGCAUAAUAUAUGAUGAAUAUAUGAUGGAUACUGUUAUUUCUCUUCUUACGGGACUUUCUGACUCACAAGUUCGAGCAUUUCGACAUACAAGCACAUUAGCAGCUAUGAAGCUAAUGACAGCUUUGGUAAAUGUGGCACUUAAUCUAAGCAUUAACAUGGACAAUACGCAAAGGCAGUAUGAGGCGGAAAGAAACAAGGUGAUUGGGAAACGAGCCAAUGACAGACUGGAGCUUCUAUUACAGAAACGAAAGGAGCUGCAAGAAAAUCAGGAUGAGAUAGAAAAUAUGAUGAAUGCAAUAUUUAAAGGUGUUUUUGUACACAGAUACAGAGAUGCUAUUGCUGAAAUUCGAGCUAUUUGCAUAGAGGAGAUAGGAGUAUGGAUGAAAAUGUAUAGUGAUGCCUUCCUUAAUGACAGCUAUUUGAAAUAUGUAGGUUGGACUAUGCAUGAUAAGCAAGGAGAAGUUCGACUGAAAUGCCUUACAGCUUUGCAAGGACUGUAUUACAACCGUGAGCUUAAUUCAAAACUUGAGCUGUUCACAAGUCGAUUCAAGGAUCGAAUUGUGUCCAUGACUCUGGACAAGGAGUAUGAUGUUGCAGUUCAGGCAAUAAAGCUUCUUACUCUUGUUUUACAAAGUAGUGACGAAGUUCUGACUGCUGAAGAUUGUGAAAAUGUUUAUCAUCUGGUUUACUCAGCUCACCGACCUGUGGCUGUUGCAGCUGGAGAAUUCCUUUACAAAAAACUAUUCAGCUGCAGAGAUCCUGAAGAUGAUGGAAUCAUGAAGCGAAGAGGAAGGCUUAGCCCAAAUGCCAACCUUGUCAAAACAUUAGUGUUUUUCUUUUUGGAGAGUGAGUUACAUGAACACGCUGCAUAUCUUGUGGACAGUAUGUGGGAUUGUGCCACUGAGCUGCUAAAAGACUGGGAAUGUAUGAACAGUCUUCUGAUGGAUGAUCCACUUAAUGGAGAAGAGGCGCUUACAGACAGGCAAGAAAGUGCACUAAUAGAGAUUUUGCUUUGCACAAUUCGACAAGCUGCUGAAUGUCAUCCCCCAGUUGGAAGAGGAACUGGAAAAAGGGUUCUCACUGCAAAAGAAAAGAAAAUACAGAUGGAUGACAAAACUCGCCUUACAGAACUUUUUGCAGUGUCUCUUCCUCAGCUAUUAGCAAAAUAUUCCAUUGAUACAGAAAAGGUAACCAAUCUGUUGCAGCUACCGCAGUACUUUGAUUUGGAAAUUUAUACAACAGGCCGAUUAGAAAAGCAUUUAGAGGCAUUGUUACGGCAGAUUCGUAAUAUAGUAGAAAAGCAUACAGACACAGAUGUUUUAGAAGCCUGCUCUAAAACAUACCAUGCUCUCUGCAAUGAGGAGUUCACAAUCUUUAACAGAGUGGACAUUGCAAAGAGUCAGUUAAUUGAUGAGCUGGCAGAUAAGUUCAACAGACUUCUCGAAGACUUUCUGCAAGAGGAUGAAGAGCUGGAUGAGGAUGAUGCAUACCAAGUGCUAUCUACAUUAAAAAGGAUAACUGCGUUUCACAAUGCUCAUGAUCUAUCAAGAUGGGAUUUAUUUAGUGGUAAUUACAAGCUGUUGAAAACUGGCAUUGAAAAUGGAGACAUGCCAGAGCAGAUUGUUAUUCAUGCAUUACAGUGUACUCACUACGUAAUUUUAUGGCAGCUGGCUAAGAUUUCUGAAACUGGUUCUUCAAAGGAAGAGUUAAUUACGUUAAAGAGACAAAUGAGAGUAUUUUGCCAAAUCUGUCAACAUUACCUGACCAAUGUAAAUACUGCUGUAAAAGAACAGGCUUUCACAAUACUGUGCGAUGUGCUAAUGAUAUUCAGUCAUCAGAUUGUUGUUGGAGGCCGGGAAGCGUUAGAGCCACUUGUGUAUUCUCCUGAUUCCUCCUUGCAGUCGGAAUUGUUGAGCUUUAUUUUGGAUCAUGUAUUUAUUGAUCAGGAUGAUGACAACAGCAGUUCAGAUGGUCAGCAAGAUGACGAAGCCAGUAAAAUUGAAGCUUUGCACAAAAGAAGAAAUUUGCUUGCUGCAUUUUGCAAGCUGAUAGUGUAUAAUGUUGUUGAAAUGAAUACAGCUGCGGAUAUUUUCAAGCAAUACAUGCGGUAUUACAAUGAUUAUGGAGAUAUUAUUAAGGAAACAAUGAGCAAAACAAGACAGAUUGACAAGAUACAAUGUGCUAAGACACUCAUUCUUAGUUUACAACAGCUUUUCAACGAAAUGAUCCAAGAACAUAGCUAUAACUUUGACAGAUCAUCACCAACAUUUAGUGGCAUAAAAGAGCUUGCAAGACGCUUUGCUUUAACAUUUGGCCUGGAUCAGCUAAAAACCAGAGAGGCCAUUGCCAUGUUACACAAGGAUGGUAUUGAGUUUGCCUUUAAAGAACCAAGCCCACAAGGUGAAGCCAAUCCACCUCUAAACAUGGCAUUUCUUGAUAUUUUAAGUGAAUUUUCAUCUAAAUUGUUAAGACAGGACAAGAAAACUGUAUAUGCAUACCUGGAAAAGUUCAUUACAUUUCAAAUGUCUCUCCGAAGAGAAGAUGUGUGGCUGCCGCUCAUGUCUUACAGAAAUUCUUUACUAGCUGGUGGCGAUGAUGACACUAUGUCAGUCAUGAGUGGAAUGAGUGGCCGAGGGUCUUCAACAAGGAGUAAAAAGAUAAAACUCCCAACAGGAAAACGGAAACUACCAGAGGCGGAAGAGAGUAGCAGCAGCGAUAGCAUGUGGUUAAACAGGGAGCAAACGAUGAACACACCAGUCAUGUUGCAAACGCCACAGCUCACGUCCACCAUUAUGAGAGAACCUAAAAGGUUACGACCAGAAGAAAGCUACAUGCCUGUCUACCCAAUGCAGCCUGAGCAUCACCAACCUCCUCUUGAUUACAACACACAGGUAACGUGGAUGCUUGCUCAGCGGCAGCAGGAAGAAGCAGCAAGGCAGCAGCAGGAGAGAGCCGCUAUGAAUUAUGUGAAACUGAGAUCUAAUCUACAACAAGCCAUACGGCGAAACACUGGGCUUAUGGAAGACGAUGAAGAGCCAAUUGUUGAAGAUGUUAUGAUGUCAUCAGAGGGGCGCAUUGAAGAUCUUAAUGAGGGCAUGGAUUUUGACACAAUGGACAUAGACUUGCCUCCUUCGAAAAACCGACGAGAGAGAACAGAACUUAAGCCAGAUUUCUUUGAUCCUGCUUCAAUCAUGGAUGAAUCUGUUCUUGGGGUAUCAAUGUUUUAAUACCAGUCCAUCAAUCAACCCUGUGGUGAAGUUUUUUUGUUUUGUUUUUUUAAAUGGAAGAGGAAGUUUUUAAAUGACAAAUUUGUGGUAUACAGUGAAAUUAUGUACAGAUUUUUUCUCUAAGGAGAAUUUGCCAUGCUUACCAAGAUUAAGUGCAUAGGCAGUUUUGAAUGCCUGCAAAAAGUUUAAAGGACAAGUAAAUGGUUUGCAUAAUAAGCUACGACAUAUUGUCUUGGGGAAAAAUAUUUAUUUUUGUUAUUUGGGUUUUUGUUUGCCUUUUCAGCUGGUGUAUUCCCUAAUUAACUAAAUUAAAACCAAGCAAGCCAAAACAUGCCCUAAAUCUAAUUUAUAAGGGUAUAAAUUGCUAUGUGCACUCAGAUUUGAGUGUGUGCAUUUGAUUUUUAUGGUUAUGUAUUACCACCAUUUAACAGAAUAACACCCUACAGUCUCAACCAACAUUGUAAUCUCUAGAAACCAAAACAUGAGGGUUUUUUUUUAUAAUUUACUGAAUAAAAAAUAUCAAUACAUUGAAA